AUAGUUAAUAUUAAUAUAAGUAUUAAUAUUCAUAUGUAAAAUAUCUAAGUAUCAAUUAAGUAUUAGUUAAUAUAAUCAUUUAUAAUUAUAUUAUCGAUAAUUAUUAGUAUUAAUUAUUACUAUAUAUUGAUAUUGGUACUACUACAUACUUUUAUAUUACUACAUAUUGAUAUAUUGAUAUUGAUUUGUAUUGGUAUUAAUUUGAUUGAUAUUGAUUGCAGCUCACACUGCAUUUAGUCACACUCCAUUUAGACGGAUUUCAAUAUCAGUCCUUCUAUUUUGUCUGUGAUUGUGGAUUGAAUGAACAAAGAGAUGAACUCAAGAAUGGUGUAGUAAAGAACGAAGAAUUAAAUGAAAGAGUGGUUCGAAACAAAGAAAUACAAUAGUUAGAACUGUAUGCAUAUGGAUUUACAAAAACUCCAUUAUGGGUAAAAACGAGAUAGUUGUGACGAUUCAGUUCAGUAAUUUAGUAAUAUUAUCAUUUCAAUUCGGAGUUUUUAGUUACUUCGGACCGCUGGAUCUUAAUGAUAAAAUGAGUAAUAAUUCAUUGGUUGAUUGUAUCAUUAACCAUUUCUUUUUUUUUGUGCGAGGAACUUACCAUGAAUCCACUGAUUUCUGCCGCUUCCGUUAUUGCUGCUGGAUUGGCCGUGGGGCUUGCUUCUAUUGGACCUGGAGUUGGUCAAGGUACUGCUGCAGGCCAAGCUGUAGAAGGUAUUGCGAGACAACCAGAAGCAGAGGGUAAAAUACGAGGUACUUUAUUGCUUAGUCUAGCUUUUAUGGAAGCUUUAACAAUUUACGGACUGGUCGUGGCGUUAGCGCUUUUAUUUGCGAAUCCUUUUGUUUAAUCCUAGAAAUAAAUAGAAAAAAGUACCUUACAUACUUUUUUCUUAUUUUAUUAACUUUAACUUGGAAUUGCCCUUUGCUUCUUCGAAUUAUAUUUACACUUUACUUAUAAAUUACUUAUUUGUUGAGACAAUACGCCAGGAAGGGCUGAUUUGAGGAUGAGGAAUUACCAGAUUCGCUUGCUUUCUUCCUUUCUGUCCUUAGCUUAGUACAAUAGAAAACUUUUUUACUUUCAUUGUUCGAAGCGUUUCAACAAACGAAAUAGUUAUCAAUUGAUAUGAGAUCUAAGACCUAAGUAAAGUAUCUUAUUGGAAACUUCUUGAAAACUUAAAAAAUAAUAAAUUUCAAACAAAUGAUUUAAUCUAUUGCCAUUAAAUAAAGUGGAAAUGAAAUUAAUAAAAAGAAAUCGAUCAAAAAAAGGCGAGUGAAGUGAUACAAAAAGAACUCUGUUCUUUGUUAGUCCUAUCCAUAAGAGAGGGGAGCAUAUGAAAAAUGUAAUCGAUUCUUUCGUUUCCUUGGGUCACUGGCCAUCCGCCGGGAGUUUCGGGUUUAAUACCGAUAUUUUAGCAACAAAUCCAAUAAAUCUAAGUGUAGUGCUUGGUGUAUUGAUUUAUUUUGGAAAGGGAGUGUUAAAUGAUUUAUUAGAUAAUCGAAAACAGAGGAUUUUGAAUACUAUUCGAAAUUCGGAAGAAUUACGUAAAGGGGCCAUUGAGCAGCUCGAAAGAGCCCGGGCUCGCUUACGUAAAGUGGAAAUGGAAGCAGAUGAGUAUCGAAUGAAUGGAUACUCUGAAAUAGAACGAGAAAAACAAAAUUUGAUUAAUGCCACUAGUAAUAGUUUGGAACAAUUAGAAAAUUACAAAAAUGAAACCCUUCAGUUUGAACAACAAAGAGCGAUUAAUCAGGUCCGACAACGAGUUUUCCAACAAGCCUUACAAGGAGCUCUAGGAACUCUGAAUAGUUGCUUGAAUAGCGAGUUACAUUUCCGUACGAUCCGUGCUAAUAUUGGCAUUCUCGGGGCCAUGCAAGAAAUAACUGAUUAGCCCUUCUUUUUUUAGUUAUAGUUUAGGCAUUAUUUUUAUCUUUUCCUUCCUAAAAAGAAUAAAGAAACACUAAUGGUAACCCUUCGAGCCGACGAAAUUAGUAAUAUUAUUCGUGAGCGUAUUGAACAAUAUAGUAGAGAAAUAAAGAUUGUGAAUACCGGUACCGUACUUCAAGUAGGCGACGGAAUUGCUCGUGUUCAUGGUCUUGAUGAAGUAAUGGCAGGUGAAUUAGUAGAGUUUCAAGAGGGUACAAUAGGCAUUGCUCUGAAUUUGGAAUCAAAUAAUGUUGGCGUUGUAUUAAUGGGUGAUGGUUUGAUGAUACAAGAGGGAAGUUCCGUAAAAGCAACAGGACGAAUUGCUCAGAUACCUGUGAGUGAGGGUUAUUUGGGUCGUGUUAUAAAUGCUCUGGCUAAACCUAUUGAUGGGAGAGGUGAAAUUUCAGCUUCUGAAUCUCGGUUAAUUGAAUCUCCUGCCCCAGGUAUUAUUUCUAGACGUUCUGUAUAUGAGCCUCUUCAAACGGGGCUUAUUGCCAUUGAUUCGAUGAUCCCUAUAGGACGCGGUCAGCGAGAAUUAAUUAUUGGGGACAGACAGACCGGCAAAACAGCCGUAGCCACAGAUACGAUUCUCAAUCAAAAAGGUCAAAAUGUAAUAUGUGUUUAUGUAGCUAUUGGUCAAAAAGCAUCUUCUGUGGCUCAGGUAGUGACUACUUUCCGGGAAAAGGGGGCGAUGGAAUAUACUAUUGUGGUAGCCGAAACGGCGGAUUCACCUGCUACAUUACAAUACCUCGCUCCUUAUACGGGAGCGGCUCUGGCUGAGUUUUUUAUGUAUCGUGGACAACAUACUUUAAUAAUUUAUGAUGAUCUCUCCAAACAGGCACAAGCUUAUCGCCAAAUGUCUCUUCUAUUAAGAAGACCUCCCGGUCGUGAAGCUUAUCCAGGAGAUGUUUUUUAUUUGCAUUCACGACUUUUGGAAAGAGCCGCUAAAUCAAAUUCUAGUUUAGGUGAAGGAAGUAUGACCGCUUUACCGAUAGUUGAGACUCAAUCUGGAGACGUUUCAGCUUAUAUUCCUACUAAUGUAAUUUCCAUUACAGAUGGACAAAUAUUCUUAUCUGCCGAUCUAUUCAAUGCUGGAAUCCGACCUGCUAUUAAUGUGGGUAUUUCCGUUUCCAGAGUAGGAUCCGCAGCUCAAAUUAAAGCCAUGAAACAAGUAGCCGGCAAAUCAAAAUUGGAACUAGCGCAAUUCACAGAGUUAGAAGCCUUUGCACAAUUCGCUUCUGAUCUCGAUAAAGCUACUCAGAAUCAAUUGGCAAGAGGUCAACGAUUACGCGAGUUGCUUAAACAAUCCCAAUCAGACCCUCUCGCAGUGGAAGAACAGAUAGCUACUAUUUAUACCGGAGCGAAUGGAUAUCUUGAUCCGCUAGAAAUUGGACAGGUAAAGAAAUUUCUCAGUCAGUUACGUAGCUACUUAAAAAACAAUAAACCUAAAUUUCAAGAAAUUAUAUCUUCUACCAAGACAUUCACCGAGGAAGUAGAAUUUCUUUUGAAGGAAGCUAUUCAAGAACAGAUCGAACUGUUUUUACUUCAGGAACAAACAUAAAUUUCUUACUUUUAUUCUAUUCUUGGUAUAUUCUAUUCUUAGUACAAGAGUAAUCAUUGAGAAAUAGUUCUGAUUCGAAUGAUUCAAAAAGGGUUUCUUAGUAUAGCCAUUUUUAAAAAGUAUAGCCAUUUUAAAAAUAGAUGGAAAUAAAUUGCGUCCAAUAGGAUUUGAACCUAUACCAAAGGUUUAGAAGACCUCUGUCCUAUCCAUUAGACAAUGGACGCUUUUCAUUCCUAUUUUAUUUUUUUGUAUUCUUACUUUCUUUUGUUCGGAUAAAAAAUCAAAUUACACGGAAAAUAUUUUAGGGAAUAAAAAAGAAUGCAUAUCUAAAUUGAUGGUGCAUGUAUGUAUAAUACAUAAUAAGAUGUAUAAUACAUAACAUAAUAAGAUGUAUAAUACAUAAUAAGAAAUAUGGAGCGGGUAGCGGGAAUCGAACCCGCAUCGUUAGCUUGGAAGGCUAGGGGUUAUAGUCGACGUUGCUUGAUCACUUUUAACGUCUCUAAUUCAAAACCGAACGUGAAAUUUUGAUUUCAUUCGGCUCCUUUAUGGAAGAUUGAUGUAUUCCUAGAGAAAAUUAGAUCCAUAACAUCUAUGUCAGCCUUUCUGUCUGAAUGUAUCCCAAACUACUCGCUUACUAGAUGAUCCCUCUAGAGGAGAGGGAUUAUACCAAAUCCGUCUAGUCUAGUUACUUCGUUCCCUAUUUCCACUCGCAGGAUCCCGAGGAAAAGAAUUUGGUUUCCACCGAGCUGAAACAAUAUGCUGAUGGUUCUAGUAAACCAAAACCACCCUUUUCUAGCUUGUUUGGCUUCAAUUUCCCUUUUACAACACCAAAAUUUAAGAUCUAGUUACGAUUGGAAAUAAACUUUUGUAUCUUCAUCCAUAGAUCCUUUAUUCAUACUCAUUCGAUUGGAAGAAUUGAUCCAAUUCAAAAAAAAUUAUGUUUCACGACUCCAUAUACAUAAUCCAAUUUUCUUAUUCAAUUUCGAAAAUAGAAUUUCUAAUUGGACUUUGGAUACAAAUCGUGAGAAUGUAUGUUCUUCCUCAAAUAUGCUAUUGAGAGGUAAAGGAUUAAACCCUUUUAAGAAAUAAAGUUUUUGAUCGGAGUAUGCAAAAAACCGAGAGACCCCUUAACUUUUUAAGUUGUUAAUAGAACGAAUCACACUUUUACCACUAAACUAUACCCGCUACAUAUA